UUUGUUUAUUAACUCAAUGUUUAUAUAAUACGUAAUUAACUUUGUUUAGAAUUUGCACGAGUCUACAAUUGCAAUAUUGACACACAGGUGAGAUAAAUGGACAAAAUCAAGAAGUAAAACGGUGGCCAUUGUCUUAGAGUCAAAUUCUUGGAGUAGAACUCUCUAAGCGCAUUAUAUUCCAGCACAGUUGGUGAAAAGUUUAAAGAAAUGUAUGUAGUUCUCUUCAAUGAUACAAUUCUGCGAACCUACUUUGCACCGCGGAUGUGCACGUGUUUGGGGCGCAGCAGGGUGGUGACGUCACGUACUUUGUCAGACACCCUGCUCCGCCGUCGUUUCGUCGAGGGUGGCUGAGCCGUAGCUCGUAACUGCUGUUUUUUCGGUUGAAGAUGGCCGCGGGUCCUCUCUCUGUAUCUUCCAACGCAUCCACAAACAACGAUGGCAUUCUUAUUGGUGACAAAGUUUACUCAGAAGUGUACCUUACCAUCGACAACUCGCUCAUACCGGAGGAAAGGCUCUCUCCGACGCCGUCGAUGCUCGACGGCCUCGACCUGAACGCGGAGACCGACCUUCGCAUCCUUGGAUGUGAAGUCAUCCAGUCGGCGGGCAUUCUUCUUCGGUUACCCCAGGUGGCAAUGGCAACGGGGCAGGUUCUUUUCCACCGUUUUUUUUACUCCAAGUCCUUCGUCAAGCACAGUUUUGAGAUUGUUGCCAUGGCAUGUAUCAACUUGGCCUCCAAGAUUGAAGAAGCACCACGGCGAAUACGAGAUGUCAUCAAUGUUUUCCACUAUCUGAGACAGAUCAGAGGCAAAAAGACUCCAAGUUCAUUGAUACUUGAUCAGAACUACAUAAAUACCAAAAACCAAGUCAUCAAAGCGGAACGGCGGAUCCUGAAGGAGCUGGGCUUCUGUGUGCAUGUCAAGCAUCCACACAAGAUUAUCGUCAUGUACCUUCAAGUCUUGGAAUGUGAAAAGAACCAGACACUGGUCCAGACAGCCUGGAACUACAUGAAUGAUAGCCUGAGGACAAAUGUGUUUGUGAGGUUCCAAGCUGAGACUAUCGCCUGUGCCUGCAUAUACCUCGCUGCUCGAGCUCUGCAGAUACCUCUGCCAUCCAGACCUCAUUGGUACCUGCUGUUUGGUGCCAGUGAAGAUGAGAUUAAAGACAUCUGCAUCACCACCCUGAAACUUUACACCAGGAAGAAGCCCAACUAUGAGCAGCUGGAGAAGGAGGUGGAGCGGAGGAAGGUGUUUUUGGCGGAGGCUAAGCUGAAGGCCAAAGGCUUAAAUCCUGAUGGUACCCCUGCACUGUCCACACUGGGUGGCUUCUCUCCUGCUUCUAAGCCCAGCUCCCCAAAUGUGGUCAAGGUAGAAGAGAAGUCCCCAAACCCCCAGACCCUCAAACCAGUUAAGAAAGAGCCAGACAACCGGACUCAGGUCAACAAGAGUCCUCACAAUGGGUUAAGGAAAGAGGUGAAGAUUGGGAGGAACAGCAGGAGUGGAAGUCGAUCUCAUUCAAGAACACGUUCCCGGUCUAGAUCCCGUUCCCCACGCAGACAUUACAACAGCAGACGCAGUCGCUCAGGGACCUACAGUUCUCGCUCACGUUCUCGCUCUCACAGUCGUAGCCCUUCGCCUCGGCGACAUCAGCCCUCACCCCUCCUUCCCCACCUCAAGUCCAAGACCAGCCACCACAGCAAUAGUGACUCCAAGCCCAGUGGACGCCAUAGCAACAGCGGAGGUGGUGGAUCUGGUCACAAGAGGAAGCGCUCGCGUUCUCGGUCACGGUCCCGCACUCCAGUCAAAGCAGACAGGGACCGGGACAGAGAGAGGGAACGGGAGAGAGACAGAGACCGCAGUUCUUUUGACCUCUCUUCAAAAAAACACAAACAUGAGCGGGGAAGUGGUCAUCGAGGAGACAGAAGGGAGAGGGAGAGGUCUCGGUCCUACGACAGGGACAGAGAGAGGGAGCGUAGCCACAAGAGCAAACACCACAGCAGUAGUGGGCACUCAGGACAUAGCCGUCACCGGCGCUGAGACACACACACACACACACACACCCCCAACAGACUAGCUCUGGGCUGAUAGUCACUGAAAUGUUUUCAGUAUAUUCAAAACAAAAUCGAAUUUGGCGAGUUCUCCGAUUACUGUUGAAUACAGAUCAGUGUGACUCCUAAUCAUGCCUCCAAGUCCAAGCCAACUGGAGUCGUGUUAGAAGACACAACUUGCAAGUUCUUCAAAAGUAAUAAAAAGUAAAUAGUUGCACUAAGACUACAGUGGAAGUAAACCAAAUAUCUGCUGCCUGCAGUCUGUCAGAUUACAUUGCUGACGUGUUUUGGGGCUUGGUUAGCAAGAACCCACUGCAGCUAUCAAGCCAAAUGCUGCACAUCUGCUGUUAAAGAGAACGUGCCAAUUUUGGUUUCAUUUUGGGUAUAUUACCGGCCUAAUACCAACACAGUUGGUUUUCUGGGUUCCUCACGUGCAUCCUAAAACUGACCAGUAUAAUUUACAGGAAUGUUGAUUCUCCUCAAACUUGAAUUUUGUUGGCCUAAGCCGAAUAACAAAACAUGUAGUAACAUGAAUUUUUGUCCUAAUGAAGAACUUCAAUAAAGCCUUGACAUUGGAGGCAGUUAUGGAAACACUGCUGAAAUUGCCUGAAUCCUGCACAUAGCUUCUGCAUGCACGAAUGUCUUGGUGAUAGAACAUUCAUUGCUUUGAUUCUCAUCUACACAACAGCACACCUGUAGCUGAUAUUUGGCAGAGGUGUUUGAUGUUGUGUUACUGUAGAUAUAAGGUGUGCAUCUGAGGGACCCAGGCUGCAGCAGUAACUACCAGCAUGAAGUGGACUGUUUGUUGGUUUACAAGUAUUGAGCCUUUUUUCUUUUCUCCUGGUCAGAUGUGAUCAGUGGUUUAGGGAAGGCAUCAGUGCGGUGUGACAUCAGUCCAGGACCUGUCAUCGUCUCCUCCACCUAUAGGUUUUUCUUAAUUUUCCCUUGGUUACCCCCCCCACACACACACACACACACACACACACCUACACCUCUGCCAUCUCUAGCCUACCCUUAUGUUUUUGGUUUUACAUGUAAAGUUGUGGACUUUGGGAAAAUAAAAUUAUUUACAGUGUAAAGAUGGAUUGAUAUCCACUGACAAAAUGUGAACGCUUUGAUUUAUAAAAGCAAACUGCUCAGUGGAAGGAUUGAACGGAUAAAUGUAAAAUAAAAAUGAUCAUUCAGGAAAGAUCAAUAUGUUUGCACAUAAAGGGACUGGCAGGUGAGUGGUUUUUCUUUCCUUUUUUUUCCUUUUUGGACAGGUGUAUGUUGCUAAAGCUGUGUUUUGUACAGUUUCAAAAAAGGUAAACUGGUUAUAUACUAAAGGGUUUUUUUUCUUUUUCUUUUUUUUUUUUUUUUUUUUACAGCAGGGGAUGCAGACUUGAUUUAAAAACAUUUUAGAGUUGUCAAUUUGUUACACUGGUUUUUAGUCUGCACGUGUUCAUGUCCAAUUUUUAUUCAAUAAUAAAUGAGUUAUGCCACUGAUCUGUAUGAUUUUCAUUGAAUUGGUGCUUGUAAUUAAUCCUGCUGAACAAAAUAAUCAGUAAGUCUCUGCAUUGAGUUUGUUUUCAGUGUCUUAGUUAUUAAUGUAUACAGUUUGAGUUGUAUCUACCCAAAAUAACCACCCAGGUAGUGUAGCUACAGUCCUGCAUGCAGCAUUUCCCUUCAUUGCACAGUUGGAACCACAGCUUACUA